AUUUGACAUCUACGUCCUGCACCGGGGUAGCCUUUGCGAUGCUGAAGACGCCGAAGAAACGGAAGCGGCCAAGGCCAGAGCAGCCAGAGCAGCCAGAGCUGCCAGAGCUGCCAGAGACCGUGGGUGAGGCGGCAGGACCUGGAUCCCGUGCGGCCCGUGAGGCGACCGAGGCCGCGGACGAGCUCGGACCUCAGAGGCCUGGCAUUGAGAGGACUGCGGCUGGACUGUUCCAGGUAUGUCUCACACCUUUGCCCAAGGGGUCCAGCCAAAAGGGUCUACGCUCCUUCAUGGGCAACCUGGUUCCAGCCUCAUUGCAGCUAGAUUCCGCUGCAGGCCAAGCCAAUGUUUGCUUCCAGGAUGCGUCAGAUGCCAAACUAUGCCUGGAGCGAUGGAAUGGCCUAAAUGCAGCGCUGACAUCGGCGCCGAAGAAGCGCCGCAGGCUUUUGGACCCAAGCCAAAAACCGGUCUUUGCUGGACCUGCGAGAUCUGCUCCGCGAGCGCCCAUCGAAUCUCGAGGCUUUUCAGAAUCAGAAGAUGAACAUGUGGACUUGGGUGCCAAGCCGAAAGGUGGGCCCUCGGCCGAUGGCUCCUCCGAACUGCUGGCGCUGACCAGGAAGAUAGCAAGCUUUGCAGCGCAGCGACGGCUGAGUGACGCCAUCAAAACCUUUGACCGCAUCCUGGCAAAGGGGCUGGCGCCAAGCGUGCAAGCAUAUGCAAGUCUCCUCAAUGCGCAUGUCAACAGUGGCGACAUGCCCGGGGCCGCGAGUACCUUUCGAAAGAUGCUGGCAGAUGGGCUGCGGUCCAAUGUGGUUGUGGCCACGGCGUUGCUGAAGGGAUAUUGCCGCGCCGGCGAUAUCCAAGCAGCUAGUGGGGUCUUGCAGGAUAUGAUGCGGCAGGAUCCUCCAGUCAAGCCUGAUUUGAGGCUUGUCAACACUUUGCUGCGCGGGUGUGUCAGGGUGGGUGACCUGCAAACAGCCGAGUCUGUGUUCGAUCGUUUGGCCGAAUGGCAACUUCAACCAGACGCUUCAAACUGCAUUUUCCUUGUGUCCUUGCUAAGCCAGCGGCUGCGAACGAAAUCUAUUGGGGCAUUGCUUCGCAAACCACCUUUGGAGGCGGUUGACCAAGGAAAUUUGCUUUCUCAGCCAACCACAUCAACCUCAUCCGACCAAAAUAUCUGCAGGUUUUGGGCCAAGGGCAAAUGCAACAAAGGCUCUGCUUGCCCAUUCUUUCACGACUCUGCGGUGGCAAAAGCAAAGAAAGAUCGGGAUGAACCAGAGAGACUCGCAGCUGUAGCUUCAGUGAGUCUCCACUUGGCGCAUGCUGCAGCGCUGUCGGGCAAGACUCGCUGUUGUGUGCGCGCUUUGUGCGGCGUGGAAAGCGCCCAUGCGGCAGCCAAGGACCUUCCGCGGGCACGAAAUGCUUCCAAGGAGCAACAACAAAGCAAACAGCGGGAACAAGAACAGGAAGUGAAGGCCAUCCGUGAUUUCCUGGCUUCGCAAAAGAAAGGUCCGGCCUUCAACUUUUCCGACUUUCUCGGCAGAUGCUUCCUGGUGCCCGCAGGAUUUGCAACCUUAGAACCUGCAGAGCGUUGCCAAGCAUUGGCUUCCGAGCUUCAGAGCUGGGGCCUGCGCCAGCCAGCUCAAGAACCCAUCCAACAGAGGUUUGCCCGCUGUCUGCAGGAGGGCCGACUGCGUUGGUCCAAAGUGUUUGGGAGUCAGGCCCCUGUGAAGUUGGAGCUAGGUGCUGGUAGCGGCGAAUGGGUUGCUGCGCAGGCCAAAGCUGAUGAGACAAACUGGGUGGCCCUGGAGCUGAUGCGCGAUCGGGCGCAUAGCGUUCUGCGAAGGGCAGCUUUUCAGGACCUUCGAAACAUUUGCGUGGUGUGCGGCGAGGCGACCAAAAUACUGGAGCAUCUGGUGCCAAACUGCUGUAUCUCACACGUGUUCAUCAACUUCCCCGAGCCGCCCUUCGUGUCUGGGGACGAGGCGGCAGAGUCGAACUUUCACAUGGUGACGCCAGAGCUUUUUGCAGAGAUGCACCGCAUCCUACGCAAAGAGUGUCAAAUCACCAUCCUAUCCGACAACCACAGGUACAUGCAAAGUUUGGCCCGUAUGGCCAGGAUUGAAUGGUGCCUUCUCGUCUGAGGGUGUGGAGAAGAUCAGCGCAGACGUCCAGGAGACAGUCGAAGGAGUGCAUUUGUACAAGGGUUGGCCAGGGGCAACGAGCGGCCAUUUGGUGAAGUCCAGCUCGUACUUCGACACGCUUUGGAAGCAAGGGCGUCGAGUAGAUCGAUUUUACAUGGUGCUUCGCAAAGGAAAGGGGCUCGGACGCUCAGCGACUAAAGGCACAGGA